AUGGUGUUUCUGUCUCCAGGCUUGUCACGCUGUCGCCAACUUCAAGUCCUCUGAUGAUAUCAUCCCAGCCCCGCCUCCACCACCACCGAAAGAAGAUCCCCUUCGAGCGCUGACGGAGCGAGGACACGAGUCCGUCUACAACAAAGGUCCCGCCUCGGCAUCUGAGAGCAACGACGAGAUCACUGCGACCCCGGUACCAAGAGUUGGAAUGGAUACGUCCCUGCAGGGGUCUCCGGGGGAAAGUCUGAAGAGAGCCAGCGUUGACGUGGAACUGCUGGCCCCUCGGAGCCCAAUGGGGAAAGAAACAAUGCUCACCUUUAGCAACACCUUACCGAGGAGUAGCAUGAACGUGGAUGGUUUCCUGGAGGAAGUAGGUCCAAUGCAACCCAUGCAACAAAUGCAACAAAUGCAACAAGUGCAACCAGUGCAACCAGUGCAACCAGUGCAACCAGUUCAAAGGCGUUUGAAAGCGGUUCAGGGCCCGGUUGAUCCAAUGCGUUCCCAGCAACUGGUGUCAGAGUGGAAGCAGAAGUCGAUGGAAAUGAGAGGCGUUCGGGAUGAAGUGGAACGUGAGAAUAGCGAAGAUGGAGGAUCGGAGGUGGGAUCAUCUGUGGGGACGGAUGAUUCAACAACACCCGUGUUCCCAGUUCAUUCUGUGAGGGCGCCGUCCAGUCGUAAUAACCCCACUCCGCCUCCAGUUGGCGCCAAAGCUGUAGCGACUCCCCGCCCGCCACAGAUCCAAGAAGCAGCUCCGCCUCAAGUGUCUCCGAAAAGCGCUUUGACUCGGGCAAAGUGGCUCUCAAUUCGAGAGAAAACGAGUGGCGGUGAGGCGUCGAAUCGCACCAAUCAACCUCGUUUAAUGCAAGUUAUCGCCAUGUCCAAACAGCAGGGGCUCCUCCCUUCUUCUUCCACCUCUUCGGGGGAAAAGUCCUCCGAAACCACUUCCACCUCCUCCUCCUCAAACGCCAACGAGUCGCCACAUUACCGCGAACAUAAAGAAAAUACGGGUAUUGUCACUGUUGACGCUCAUGCCCCGCAUCAUCCAGUAGUUCAAGCCCCGUCCCCUCUGCAAGCCCCGCCCCUAGCAGGAAACGGUAAUCCAUGGGAGUGGGGAGCGAGGCCAAGUGACCCGCGAGACUCCUACGAUCUGAACAGCUUGACCAGAGGAGAUUCCUCCGCUCACGGGAGCAGUUUUCGGCCUCAUCGCUCAGCUUCUCCAGGUGCUGAUCCUCAGAGAGAGAUUGCUGUGGAGGCUCAGCGCCGAGAAAUGGCCAUGAGACGCAAAACGGCUCUGGUUCUGCUGGACCGAGAGAUCAGGAACCAGACGGAGCAGGAGAACUAUUACAAGAGUCUGCAGGGGCGCAGGUUCAAGGAGUAGAACCUUUCAAAACAAAAGCCUUAUGUGGCAGCGGGGUGUGGUUAGAGCGCCGUGGAGUCAUGGGAGACCAGGCAGCUGAUCAGAAUCAGGCAAUAGAGUGAUGCAGUGAUGAUUUACCUUUGUAGGCCGACCCGGAAGUAAGCUGCUGGUUCCCUCGACAAAAGAGCA